AUGAUUCUCAGAAAUGUAGAUGAAGAUGUAGAGGUAGAGGUAGAGGUAGAUGUAGGUUUAGAUAUAAGUGUAGGUAUAGAUGAAGAUGUAGAUGCAGAUGCAGAUGCAGAUGCAGAUAUGCGAACCACACGCAAGGUCUCUGUCUGGCCAGUGGGCCUGGUUGGCGGGCGACGCUAUGAACGUCCGUUGGUGGAAAAUGGCAAAGUCGUUGGUUGGUACACCGGCUGGAGAGCAGACAGGCCUUUCGCCAUCGACAUGGCAGGAUUUGCUGUAAGCCUUCAAGUCAUCUUGUCCAAUCCAAAAGCUGUAUUUAAGCGCCGUGGAUCCCAGCCAGGGAUGCAAGAAUCUGACUUUCUAAAACAGAUUACAACUGUUGAAGAACUGGAACCGAAAGCAAAUAACUGCACCAAGGUCCUUGUGUGGCACACUCGCACAGAGAAGGUCAAUCUAGCCAACGAGCCCAAGUACCACCUGGACACAGUGAAGAUCGAGGUGUAACUGGGAGCAGCAGUGGGUGUGGAAGAGGACGUUUGGAGGUUAGGCUACAGAGCAUUCAGGUAUUGUUCAUUUUACUUCAGUACAACAGCCUUUAUUGACAUCUGAUGGACAUCUGUUUAAACAGAGCUUGUCAGUUAACAUAAGCUAUUCAGCUGGUAUAAAAUGUGUUUCUGUCUUCA